AUGUCUCGCAAACGCGGUCAAGAGCUCCCUGUGACUCGUCGAGCUCAAAUAAUUACACUACACAAUGAGGGCAAUUCAUAUCCUGAAAUACUUGCAAAAACUGGUGUUCCCCCAUCUGUGGCAUGCAAAACUGUUAAACGUUGGGAAACAUACGGCACCCUUGCCUCCUUGCCUCGAUCUGGCCGCCCACGCAAAUUCUCACCUCGAUUGUGCCGUCUAGUCAUUUGUACCCUCCUUUGCCAUCGUUUUGAGCCAUAUUCAUCUAUUGCUACUAGAGUAGGUAAUGGCCUUACUGCUGUGCAAGUCAAGUACAUUGCCCAGAGCCGGCGCUACCGCCGAUAUGUUGCACGCCGAAAGCCAUUCUUAGAUAAGCAAAAGGUCCUAAAGCGUCUAGAAUGGGCUUGCGUGAACCGGUUUAGGAACUGGGAUGAAGCCAUUUGGACUGACAAGCUCCAGUUGGGGACCGGCGAUCACUCAGUUCACCCAAUGGUCACCCGGAAACCCGGAGAGGCAUAUCUCCCGGAAUGCCUAGCCCCAACCUUUCAAAGUGGCCAUGAAGCAUUAAUGGUAUGGGGUGUAUCUCCCAUGGGUAUAAGGGGCCACUUAUCCAACUGGAGAUGGCUCCCCGGCUGCAAUUGCGUCCUAAAUGGUCCACUUAAGGACUUCAUUGCACAGAUGGAGAAAGUCAAGGGACACAGGAUGCUAGUAGUUGAAGAUGGGGCCCCGGCACACAAAGGAAAGCUAGCCAAACAGGCUUGUGAAGAACUUGGUAUUAAACACAUUGCACACCCCCCAAGUUCACCAGACCUAAACCCAAUAGAACCAUUAUGGAUGGAACUUAAGCGACGUGUGUACAGUACCCCUGGGGCCCGAAGAAGUCUUGAGCACCUUUGGAAUGCCACUGAAGCUGCCUGGAAAUCCUUCACAGCAGAUGAUAUCAAUAAGUACACACGGAAAAUGCCAUCUUGGGUAACAGCUUUAGUUAAGUCAAAGGGACUCCCAACAAAAUUCUAA